CCAUUCAAUCAAAUCACAGAAGGCUAGUAUGGUUUCUCAACUUUUAAGCUGAAGUUUGGUUUCAUCACCUGCUUCUCUCUCCUUGAUAUUGUUGGGUUCCUUCAAAGUGGGCAAAAGGGUCUCAAUGUUGACACUUCCUUUUUGUAGAGGGGUAUUUUUGGGAUUUUGGUUUUUUUUACUAUUGGCUGUGACAACCUGCUAUGGUGACAAUGAGACAGCAGAGGUGAUUGGAAUUGUAGAAUGUGCAAAUUGCACACAGAAGAAUUUUAAGACCAGCCAGACCUUUUCAGGGCUUCAUGUCACCAUUGAUUGCAAGUCCACAAAUGGAAAGCUCAAAACAGCUGGGGUUAGUGAACUUGAUGAAGAAGGAAAAUUCACAGUAUCUCUUCCUAAUGGGAUUGCAAAAAAUGGAGAAUUGAAAGAGGAUUGCUUUGCACAGCUUCACAGCGCAACUGGUGCACUAUGUGCUCUCCACAACGAUCAAGAGGCCUCAAAUAUAAUCUUCAAGUCCGUAGCCAAUGGGAAACAAACCUUUGGCCUAUCUGGGAAGCUACAAUUUUCUCCGAUGACCUGUGUUUCAGCCUUCUUGUGGCCUUUUUUCAAGCACCCGCCAUUGCCCCAUUUGCCUCAUUGGCCAAAGUUGCCACAUUGGCCAGGGAUACCAAUUAAAUAUCCUCCACCCCAACCAGAGGGCUCACCACCAGCUCCUGUUUACAACAAGCCACUUUCUCCACCACCAACAUUCCCUCCGCAACCCCAACAAGAGGGCUCGCCACCAACUCCUGUUUACAAUAAGCCACUUUCUCCACCACCAACAUUCCCUCCGCAACCCCAACCAGAGGGCUCGCCACCAACUCCUGUUUACAACAAGCCACUUUCUCCACCACCAACAUUCCCUCCACAACCCCAACCAGAGGGCUCGCCACCAAACAAACAUCCUGAAUAUAUUCAAUAG